AUGACCGAACACAAGUUUUGGUACCUUAAGGCAUGUGCUUCGCUGGAAGAAGGCUAUCAGCCACCAGUGACGUUUGUGGUGGUGCAGAAGCGCCAUCACACGAGGCUGUUUGCUCACAACCACAAUGAUCGCACUGUGGUGGAUACCAGUAUCUGUCACCCUCGUGAAUUCGACUUUUAUCUCUGUAGCCAUGCUGGCAUUCAGGUAUGCGAGAUGCACUCGUUGCCGAGCUAUCCACGUUCUCCAUGUAUCCGGAAGGGUUGGGUGGCUCGUCAAUUUGCAAAGCUGAUCAUAUUCACUGGAUUCAUGGGAUUUAUAAUAGAGCAAUAUAUAAAUCCUAUUGUUAGGAACUCAAAACAUCCUUUGAAAGGGGAUCUCUUAUACGGUAUUGAAAGAGUGUUGAAGCUUUCAGUUCCAAAUUUGUACGUGUGGCUCUGCAUGUUCUACUGCUUCUUCCACCUUUGGUUAAACAUAUUGGCAGAGCUCCUCUGCUUUGGGGAUCGUGAAUUCUACAAAGAUUGGUGGAAUGCAAAAAGCGUGGGAGAUUAUUGGAGAAUGUGGAAUAUGCCUGUUCAUAAAUGGAUGGUUCGCCAUGUAUAUUUCCAUGCCUGCGCAGGAAUAUACCAAAAGUGA